AUCGUUAUUAAAAACAUCGAUAACAAAAUAUCGAUCAUAAACAAAUCAUUGCGACUUAUCAAACAGAAGAAGCAGAGAAGAAAAUAUUUUGUUUGCGUGGACAAGUAGUAUAAAAUAAAUUUGAUUGUUACAUUAAACUAAUAAAAAUGAAUGAAGCAGAUAUUCCGAUUGAUAUACACACCUUGAAGCUGCAGGAUUGGUUAGUCAGCAGGAGGAUUGUACCCAAAACUAUUCAAAAGAAUAUCAAAGAGAUACGCUCAAAGAUUUCAAAUGCUCUUCAAGAUAUGCCUGCUAAUGACCAGCUGAUUAAAUUGUUGUCGGGCACCAACAUCAACUACUACCAUUGUAAAGAAAUUGUUGAGAUUCUAAAACAAACCGAAAAAGAAACCAAAAGUGUAUUUGGAACAUACGGUAGUCAGCGAAUGAAGGACUGGCAGGAAAUACUACGUCUAUACGAAAAAGAUAACGUCUACCUUGCAGAAUCUGCUCAAAUAUAUGUACGGAAUGUAAAUUAUGAAGUGCCUGGUAUUCGAAAGCAAAUGACAAAAUUAGAACAACAAAGUGAUGAAUGUUUAAAACGUGUGCAAGAUCUUGGCAAACCUGAAUCACAAUUAUUGGCCGAACAUGCUACACUUCUACAGCAACUGGGAGUGAAAGGAGACAAUUUGCGAGAAGAAUUUUUACAAGUUUUGUCUAAGUUACCAGAUAUGUAUUCGAAUUCAAUACGUGAUAUUGGUAAAGUAGAAGAGGCAAUUAACUUAUUCUCUGAGGGAAGUAAUAAACAAAAUUUACCCAUAUUACGUCACCUCAUUGAAUUUGGGAAUACAACCGUAUAUCAAUAUGUGCACAAAGAGGAGCCUUUAACCGUUGAAGAACCUCCAAUUAAACUAAAUUUAAAUGAGGAUACAUUGGCUAGUAGUGCUGAUGAUAAUGAAAUCGAUUUUGGUGGCGAUGAUAAUGGCGGCACCUCGUCAACAAUUUCAGCAGAAAUUAUUGAUUUCGGUGAACUCAAUUUAGAUGGUAACAACAGCGCCGUUGAUUCGGAUGGAAAUGGUGGUGACAUUGACUGGGGGAUUGAAAGUGGACCAAGUGAUGCCGUAGAGAUAAAUUUUGACAUUCCUAUUGAAGAAUACGGAAUAGUUAUUGAGGGUGCAGGCAUGGAUGGUGGCAUAGCCAAAGGAGAACAAGCCUACACAAUUCUUGAUUCACCCACUUAUCGCGAUAGAUUUCUCGAUGAAAUUUAUGAACUUGAUGCAUUCUUACGUAUGCGGCUAUAUGAGCUUAGCCAAUUGGAUGCUUCCACCAAUGUAAUGUUUUCUCUUAUGGAUAGCAUUUCCACAUACGAUGCAGAGAGCAUACGGAAGAUGUUAAAGAAUAUUGAACAAAUUUUGAGUGAAGUAUCAAACGAACAAACACGCCAUCUUUUCCAAUUAAAACAUUCACCUAAAUAUGCUGAUUUGCUCGCUACUAAGUUGCGACAAAUGACGAAGGCCGUGGAUAAAAUACGUGACACCAAAGAAGUUUUGAAAAAACGUUCUGUAGAAUUGAAACAACAACGCGUAGAUUUGAAUCCCGUUUUAGCUGAGCUAAUAUCACAAACGAAGAAGCUGCAAUUACACAUUGAGAAUGACAUUUCCAAACGUUACAAAAACCGUGUAGUGAACCUGAUGGGUGGAGUAAAUUAAUGCAAUAUUGAUACUUUAGGGUGAUUUUGUUAUAUAACUUGAUAAAAUAACAUUAUUAAAAUUAUGUAAAGCGUA